AUGUUCUUUACUUAUUUAAAUGCCAUCAUGUUCUACACUCUUUGCAGCAAGUCUGUGUUUAAAGAGACCCCACGCUUCAUUCUGUUUAACCACAUGCUUCUUAAUGACUCAAUUCAGCUUGUUGUUACGUCUUUAUUGUAUAUUUUAAAUCUGGCCUAUCUCAAGUUAGUCAUGGCUGCUUGUGCAUCUAUUGUUUUUGUUUCAAAUACAACUUUCUAUAACUCUCCUUUAAACCUGGCUCUGAUGUCUCUAGAGCGUUAUGUGGCUGUACGCUAUCCUCUAAGACAUGCUGAAAUAGCAACAAAAAGAACUUAUAUUGCCAUUGGAAUUGUUUGGUUUUUAGGUUUGGUGCAAUUUAUAAUUGAUCUAUUUUAUGUAGCAGUGACAAAUCCUAAAAUUUUAACUUCACAAAUAUUUUGCACUAGAGAUAAGUUUUUCAUAAAGCAAUGGCAAGUAGAUGUUUAUCAGGGCUUUAACAUAUUCUACUUUGUGUCAGUGUCUAUGAUUAUACUUUUUACUUAUAUCAGCAUUUUGAUCACAGCCAGGUCAGUUUCCUCCAAUAAAGACUCUGCUGUAAAAGCCCACAAGACCGUAAUGCUACACCUUGUUCAGCUGGGCCUGUGUCUUACCUCCUUUCUCUAUAGCCUUAUAGAGCGAACUGUAGCAAUGGCUGGCAACAGCAGCCUUUUCAGGGACAUUCGAUAUCUAAACUAUUUAUUUUUGUUGAUCUUGCCUCGCUGUCUAAGCCCACUCAUCUAUGGACUGAGAGACGAUGUUGUACGCCCUUUAUUCAUCUACUACUUUCGCUGUGCCACAGGUAAACACAAGUCCACUCUCAAUGUACAUUGA